AUGGACUUUGAACGGCAGGGCCGCGCCGCCGACCUGGCCAUCACCAGCAUCUGGCCGGCUGUGGCCAUCGAAUCCGCCGCCACCCAGCAGUUCACAACCGCCAGCCCGGCCGAGAGAGACCACCUCCGCAAGCCCACCAUCUUCUCCGACGCCAUCCUCGCCAUCCUCGCCGCGCCCCCCGCCCUCGUCAACGGCCAGCUGCUCCUCGACGAGGACUUUCUCCGCGCCCACGCCGGCGUCUCCGACUUUGCAAAGUACAGCCUCGUCCCGGGAACCGUCCCCCGCCGCAUCAUGCCCCAGCUCCUGCCCGACCUGUCCGUCGCGGAGCAGGCCGACGAGGGACGCCGCAUCGACAGCUCCAAGCGGGCCAAGCUGUGA